AUGGACCGGCGCCAGCAACACGACGCUUCAGGCUCGGUCUGGAAUGCGGUGGCGUGGGCUCUCCAGGCCGCUGGCCGCGCGUUGCCCCCGGUGCCCGCGACCGUGUCGGUGGACCUGCGGAAGGAGCAUGAGGUGGUGAACUUCGUGCGACGUCGGGCGCAGGUGGGGGACUUGGAGGGUGUGCUGGCGGCCAUCGAGACCUAUGCCUCGGGGCGCAAGUGGCUGAAGGUGGCCGGUGGGCGCAAGGCUUCGCUCUUGCAGGGGAGCCUGCUGCCGGGCGACCGCAUUGUGGAGUUCGGCACGUACAUGGGCUACUCCGCGCUGUUGAUGGCCCAGCAGCUCCGAACGCUAGGCGGUGGUGGGCGCAUCCAGUCGUGCGACGUGAACGCGCUCACCUGGCCCUUCGCCAAUGAGUUGGUGCAUUGGGCCAACGUCCAAGGGGAGGUGCAGCUCCGGGUGGGCUCUGCCUGGGAUUGGUUGGCCAGUGGCCAGCUGGGGCAGAUGGAUGUGCUCCUUCUGGAUCACCGCGGCACCGUCUACCAGGAGGACCUCCGCUCGGCCGAGCCCGCGCUGCACCGGGGCGCACGGGUCCUGGCGGACAACGUGCUGCUCCCUGGGGCGCCUCUCUUCUUGGCGCAGGUGGCCGACGGCUACCACGUCACCAUCCAUGAGGUGAGUGAGUUCAUGCAGCCGGAGUUGGAGGACUGGGUGCUGGCCUGCACCCCCUCGCCCGCUGCAGCGCCGCACUCGUCUGUGGAGUACAGCGACCUCCGGGAACUCAGGCAGUGGUGCCGCGAGGUGGAUGCGAUUUGCUGGGCGUCUCGCCGGGAGGAGGUCGAUUGGAAGGGCUUCCAGGAGCAGCUCUCGCCAGCUCUCAGGUGCUGGUGCGCGCGGCAUGGCGUCGGCACGCUCCGCCGGAGUGGGGCCUUUCAGGAUCCGAGAGACUGGCCUGUGCGGCGGCUCCGUGAGGAGCUCCGGAAAAGGGGGCAGGCAGAUGCAGGUCCCAAGUCCGAGCUGGUGAAGAGGUACAUCCAAUGUGCCUGA